CGCGCGCACCGCCGCGCGGUGCUGGCGCAUGGCGGCCCUGGGCCCCCGCCGCUCGCCGCGGGGCCCCCUGCGCAGCCGGGGGCCCGACGCGGCCGGCCCCGCGGCGAGGACGCGGGCACGCCAACCUUUCCGGGCGAGGUGUCCGCGCGCCUGGAAGCGGGGCGCGAUGCUCGUGCCCGUCAUGGAGGCCGCGGACGAGGACACCGAGGACGACGAGGAUCUAUCGAUGAUCCGAGGGAACGCCCACGCCGAUGCCAAGUCGAACGAGGCGGCGCUCGAGAAUAACGGGUCAGGACGCAAGGUUCCGUGCGGACGCCUUGCAGGGGCUUUCCGACGCCAUCGUGCAGGCAGGUGUCUCGGCUCAAGCACGCGAGCGCGGAUUGCUUGACAGACCGGCCGAGGCCCAGCGCUGCGGGAUGCCGCUCGAGGACUUGCCUCCUGGCGUCGUCGUCGGCGGGCGCGUCGUCGUCAAUCCUGGUCAGCUCAAGGGCACACUCCGCUUCUUCGGCCAGACGAAGUUCUCGACUGGCAUGUGGGCGGGUGUGGAGCUGGACACCCUGGACGGCAAGAACGACGGUUCGGUGAAGGGCGAGCGCUAUUUCACCUGCGUCCCGCAGAUGGGCCUCUUCACCAGGCUAGACACCCUGGAGCCAGACAACCUGGAGGUGCUGAGGGCCGCCGUGAGCGGCUGCGCCGCAGAGGUGGACCGGGCCACCGCGACGGUCGGUCGCCUCGGCGAGGCGCUCGCCAGCGCCCGCGGCGCCGGGGGCGCGCGCGGCGACAUCGCGGGCGGCGGCGCGGGCGCCAGGAGUCAGCAGCUCGACCGAGCCGCGGACCAGAUGGCGCGCCGCCUGGAGGAGAGGCUCCGCGAGUCCCUCGAGGAGCAGCUGCGGCAGGCCGCGUCCGGGCCGCUGGAGGAGCUCCGGUGGCUGGCCGGCGAGCUGCGGCGGGCCGGGGCGACCUCGCCCGAGCCGCCGGCUCUGGCGGGGUCGCACCCGGGCCGGAGGAAGUCCCACCUGCUGGAGCUGCUGGAGGACCUGCCAACCGAGCAGGGCGCGGCGUGGUAG